AAGACAUCUAACGACCAGUCACAUAAUCCGCGCUCGCCUUAUGUGAUUGAUAAAAAAUCGAAAUUGCACGAAUUGUAUCAAAACGUGGAAGCGCCGAGUAGUCAACUUCCAGCAAGCAAGAUGUAUGAAUCCAAGUUUCGUCCGCUCUGCCUGUUACUUUUAACACUGAAUUUGCCCCGAUUUCUUUGCCUCGAGGGCGAGCACAUCAUCGGCGGCGAAGAAGCCCACCCUGGCCAAUUCAAUUAUCACGUGGCCAUCGAGUACUCGGAUCUGUGCUACCAGCCCUACAUCUGCGGCGGGGCGAUAAUCGACGAUCGGCACGUGAUCACGGCCGCCCACUGCUUCGUGGAGGACGAUCGCUCGGGCUUCCGGCCCCAGAGGACCAGGAUCGUCGCGGGGGUCAGCGACCUCGAGGACAGGCGCGGGGCAGUGCUGCGCGGGGUCGCCAAGGUCUACGUACCCGAGCGCUACUUCCGGGCCGAGGCAGCCUCCGCCGCCGACAUAGCCGUGCUCCAGCUGGAGGCGCCGAUCGGCCUCGGAAACGCCAGCGGAAUCGGCGCCAUUCGGCCGCCCGCGAACCGGAAGAGCUAUGCCGGCCACCUGGCCGUCCUCACGGGCUUCGGCACCACCUCCGUAGCUAUACACGAGAACGCCCGGGGCGAGAGACACGAGGUGACGGGCCAGUACUCGCCGAGGCUGCGAUACGCCCCGGCCGACGUGCUGACCAACGAGGACUGCUCGAGGAUCAAGAAGCAGCUCGUGCCGCGGAGCCUCGUCUGCGCCAAGAUGCGCCGGCGCCGAGCUCCGGACAGCCGGCAGCCGACCGGGGCCUGCUCGGGCGACAGCGGAAGUCCCCUCGUGCUCGGCCGUAGCACCUUGAUCGGCAUUCUGGUGCGGAGCCCGUUCGGAUGCAGCGAGCUCGAGGCGCCCGCCGUUUACACCAGAGUCUCCGAGUUCAAGACGUUCAUUCGGCUCGCCACGAAAGAUGUGACCAGUGCCAGAAUCAGAACUCAUCGCUACGUUUGAACUCGUCGUUUUUAGGACUCGAUCGUUUAGUUCCGAUUUUGCGCAAGUCCACGUUUAUGGAAAUAGCCGCUCUAGUCGAAUAAUUUUCAUUUUUUUUUUUUUUUCAUUUUUUCACUAUCUAUACGAAAAACGUUCAGAAGAACAAGUUUACAUGUAAGGCGUUUAUUAGCUGAUAAUUGUGUAAACGGUGAAUCAUCGUUAUACGUAAACCAAUUAUUAUAAGAUAAAUUGAUCAUCUGUAGGAAAGGUGUA